AUGAAAUACUCGUACGCCUUUGCCGCUGCUCUCGUUUGCCUGGCCUGCGUUUCGGUGCAGGCAGCCCCGCCCGCAGCUCAGCAAGAGGCUCAGGUGCUGCGCUACGAUUCCGAUGUGCAGCCGGAGAGCUAUAAGUUUAGCGUGGAGACAACCGACGGCAAGUCACAUCAGGAGGAGGGUCAGCUGAAGAACGUGGGCACCGACCACGAGGCAAUCGCUGUGCGUGGCUUCUACAGCUACGUGGGAGACGACGGCCAGACCUAUACACUCAAGUAUGUGGCCGAUGAGAAUGGCUUCCAGCCAGAAGGCGAUCAUUUGCCCCGUGCCGUUCAAUAA